AUGAAAUUGCCGUUUGGGCGUCAGCCUACCGUGGAGCCAAUUCCAGGUGAUCGAGUAGUGCCACUCCAUUUCUUCGAGGAUAGUUUGCUUGUCCAGGGUAACAACAUGGCCGUAUCGCUCGUGUUUGAUGCAGUACUUGAUCCAGAGAGAUUGCGCGAAUCACUCGAGGGCCUGGUCAAGCAAGAGGGGUGGCAAAGGUUGGGAGGAAGACUAAGGAAGAAUGCCUCUGGUAAGAUCGAAUGGCACAUUCCAGCCCAGUUCUCGACCGAAAGACCAGCAAUCUCCUUCGCGCAUGUCGAUCAUGGUAUGCCUGCCGCUUCACAUCCCGCAGCCUCUCGGAUACCGAAGCCACAAGAUCGACCCUGCAUCGUCGGCGACCCAGAUGACCUAGAAGGCCUGGCAUGGGAGCCCGGUUACAAGCCUAACGGGAUAAAUGACUACCUCACCUCGGACCUUCCUGUCUUAGGGCUGCGCGUUAACUCUUUCACCGACAAGACCGUUGUAGUGCUGCAGUGGCAGCAUGUUGCCUUCGACGCGCUGGGCAUGCAGUAUGUCGUCGAGGGCUGGAGUUCCAUUCUUUGGGGGAAAACAGCCGAAGUAUCGAUCCCAUGUGGUCUUGACUCGGAUCCAUUUCACUCUCUCGCCCAGGGGUCGCGUCCCACCACUGAGCAACAUGUAUUGACUAACAGAAGGGUCGGACUGGGAGGUUUGCUGCGGUGGGGUCUGGGAUAUGGAGUCGAUAUGCUUGUCCGAGCCAAGGAGAACCGCAUGGUCUGUAUUCCGGAGACAUAUUGGCGGCCACAAUGGGAGAAAGCUGUUGAGGAACUUUGUGCUGAAGCGAUCGCGAACGGCGAGGACACCUCAGAAGUGUUUUUGACCGAGAAUGACGUUCUGACUGCCUGGAUCUUACGCUGUGUGGUUGGUGAGGUGGGGAUGAACCCCGAGAGAACGGUAGCUGCAUCAAUCGCCAUGUCGCUCCGCAAAUCGUUCGAAGGUGACCUCCUGCCAGCCUCUACUGACCAUCCCUACGUUGGUAAUGCUUUCGGCUGGGCCAACGUACUUGUUACCGCGGGCGAUGUAGAUUCCAAGCCGCUUAGCUGGCUUGCACGGCAGGUCCGGCGCGCCAUCAACGAGCAGGGCACCCGUGCUCAACACGAGGCAUAUUACGCCAUGGUCCACACAUCCGGGACCGGUCUACCCAUUGUCGUAUUUGGAGAUGGUGGCAUGGCCCAAGUCGGUUUCUCUAAUUGGUCGAAAGCUGGCUUGUUCAACUUGGACUUUUCCCCGGCUCGUCAAGGCCCAAGAGAUGACAGCCUGCCAUGCAGGCCUUCAUAUGUUCAAGAGAACCACGGUCCUGUGAAGCCUGCGGAUGGUUUCUUCAUCCUCGGGAAGGACGAGAAGGGGAACUACUGGACCUCCGCAUGUAAAGUGAAGGGCCAAUGGGCGAAAUUUGAGGAGCAGUUGAAAGAUUUUGACAUAUCCGGUUCGGCAUGA